CAGGCAGGCAGCUCAUCAGUUUGGACCUCGGCGUCGAGGAGUGUGUGUGAUGUAGUCAGUCCUCCUGCAGCUGCUCCCACACACACACGCACACACGCACCGACCGUGACAGACCGCCCCGCAGGACCGCUCUGCCCACGACGACACGCCGGCUGGCUCUUCCCGAUCUCUCCGCGCUGUGAAUUUGCUGGGGAAAUUACCGAGGACGGCCAGAGCCAGCGGGCGCCGCUCGAAACUUUCAGAUGGAAAAUUUGUGCGGUAACAACCGGUUUCGGUCCGGAAUGUUCAACAACCACGAUGAUGAGGACCCAGACAAGGAAUAUGUGGGCUUUGCAACAUUGCCAAACCAGGUGCACCGCAAAUCUGUGAAGAAAGGGUUUGACUUCACCCUCAUGGUGGCUGGCGAGUCUGGCCUGGGAAAGUCCACCCUGGUCAACAGCCUGUUUCUCACAGAUUUGUACAAAGAUAGGAAGCUGCUUAAUGCUGAAGAGAGAAUCACACAGACGGUCGAAAUCACCAAACACACUGUGGACAUAGAAGAGAAAGGUGUGAAACUGAAGCUCACCAUCGUGGACACCCCUGGAUUUGGUGACGCUGUCAACAACACUGAAUGCUGGAAGUCGGUGGCCGACUACAUCGACCAGCAGUUCGAGCAGUACUUCAGGGACGAGAGCGGCCUCAACCGCAAGAACAUCCAGGACAACCGUGUUCACUGCUGCCUUUACUUCAUUUCACCCUUCGGCCAUGGCCUUCGGCCCCUGGAUGUCGAAUUCAUGAAGGCUCUGCAUGAGAAGGUCAACAUUGUACCCAUUCUGGCCAAAGCCGAUACGCUCACCCCGAGCGAGGUCAAGAAAAAGAAAAUCAAGAUCAGAGAGGAGAUCGAGCAGUAUGGCAUCAAGAUCUAUCAGUUCCCGGACUGCGACUCCGAUGAAGAUGAAGAGUUUAAGCAACAAGACCUUGAGCUGAAGGAGAGCAUCCCUUUUGCAGUAAUUGGCAGCAACACGGUGGUGGAGGCCAAAGGGAAGAGGGUGAGGGGCCGCCUCUACCCCUGGGGCAUCGUAGAAGUGGAAAACGCCGCCCACUGUGACUUCAUCAAGCUGAGGAACAUGCUGGUCCGCACACACAUGCAGGACCUGAAGGACGUGACCCGGGAGACUCACUACGAGAACUACAGAGCUCAGUGCAUCCAGAGCAUGACCCGCAUGGUGGUCAAGGAACGCAACCGCAAUAAGCUGACCAGGGAGAGCGGCACAGACUUCCCCAUCCCCACCGGCCCCGGAGCGUCGGAGAGCGAGAAGGAAAAGCUCAUCCGAGAGAAAGACGAGGAGCUGCGGCGGAUGCAGGAGAUGCUGCAGCGGUACCAGGAUCACUUGAUCACCCAGAAGGACGGAUGUUAACGAAAGACUCGGCAUGUUUAAAAAAAAAACA